AUGAAGGACAUAGACGAGUCGCAAAUGACAAAGCCCGAGAACAGAUGCACCGGGGACAAUAAUGCUGACGUCCAGGACAGAGGCACCGUAGACAAUAAUGCUGACGUCCAGGACAGAGACACCGUGGACAAUAAUACGGACGUCCAGGACAGAGACGUGGACGACAACGCGGACGUGCAGGCAGACCCCGGGCGACCCAAGGACGACGACUUCAACGACAACCAUGACGAACCCGAUGACGAUACCUACGACAAGUAUGGUAUCGAACACGAAGACGAACAGGACGACGACGCUUGGUUCGUCACUCAACGAACAAAGGAAGUCUGCUGCAAUCUUUGUCGCCACGACGCCCAGUUCCAGCCUGGCUACCAAGUGUGA